AUGAGUUCUGGUGUAGAGGAGCGAGAGCUGGAUGCACCUCAUCCUCUCAGGACAGUGACCAUGUGACUCUCUCUGUUAAAGGAUCAAAACCAAAAGCUGAACUCAGAUCAGAUACUGAAGGAUCUGUACUGACGGGAAACACAGUGACUCUGAAGUGUCUCAUGAAUCAGUUCACUGGAUGGAAGUUUUACUGGUACAAACACACACUGAACACUGAGAAGACGACAACAGAUGAAAACUACUACACAAUUCUCAUCGUUACAGUUUCAGAUGGAGGUCUGUACUGGUGUAGAGCUGGAAGAGGGAAUCCAGUCUAUUACACAGACUACAGUGAUGUUCUGUGGAUCAAUGUUACAGGUGAGAGAUUAUGGACCUCAGUUAGCACAGAUGCUAUAUGUAAUCUGACAGUCUGUUCUAUAGGUGGUUCUUCUUCAGUGUCUCUGAUCAUCAGACCCAACAGAACUCAACACUUCUCAUCUGAAUCUCUCUCUCUGAGCUGUGAGGAUCACAGGAACUCUACUGGAUGGACAGUGAGAAGAUACACAAACACACUGGAAACUUGUCCAUCAUCAUCAGUCAGAUCUACAGGAACAGAAUCUACAUGUACAAUCACAUCUCUCAUCACAUCUGACACUGGAGUGUACUGGUGUGAGUCUGAAUCUGGACACAAACUUCAUCCUGUUAAUAUCUCAAUACACAAUGGUGAUGUGAUUCUGUACAGUCCUGUUCAUCCUGUGACUGAAGGAGAUUCUCUGACUCUACACUGUUUAUAUCGAGAUAAAAACCCAUCAAACCUCAGAGCUGAAUUCUAUAAAGAUGGAUCAGAGGUGCAGAAUCAGACUACAGGAGACAUGAUGAUCAUCUCUACAGUCUCAAAGUCACAUGAGGGUUUCUACUCCUGUCAACACCCAGAGAGAGGAGCGUCUCCAAAGAGAUGGAUCUCAGUCACAGCUUCAGGAGAUUUUGAGGAAAAGAUUUCUGUUCUUAAGAUUCUCAGUUCUCUGCUGGCAGUUUGUCCAUAUCUGAUAGUGACAGUCGUUCUGGUUUUCAAAUGCUACAGAUUGAGAGGUAAAACAUCUGUCUGA